AUGGCAGACUUCCAAAGUGGCCUUUGGUGGGAUUACUCCCGUCCAGCUGGGCUCCAAGGGACUAUUACCCUGUCGAUGACCCAAGGCAAUAUAUUCCUCUCAUUCUUGACCAUUAUAGUUGCUAUUUCAGGAGCCAGUCUCUGGGGAAUAGCGGCCCCUCUUCUACACAGCUUCAUUGUUCGGAGGAGACGCAACAAAGUUGAAAUUUUCGAUAUCCAGCAGCGAGUUACCCUGAUCAAUUCCAAGUCCCCGAUGGCAACCAUCAUCGACUCGCUACGAAUCUACAUGGCUUGGUCGAAGCACGAGAUUCCAAAUUUGACUUCCCGUACGGUUACCAUUGUUCUUCCUGCGCUUCUAUUCUGGGUUGGCAUAACGGCAGCAUCCAUCUUCACCUCCAAAGUUGCUUUCAGCGGUGAUAAGGGUGUUCUUGGUCUCAGAAGAAGUAAUGUCUGUGGCAUCUACGCGCCAACCUCAGACCUUUCACUCAAGGAGAAGGAAAGCUUACGCAGAGUAUUGAUUAAAGAGAUGACUGCGGCAAGGAAUUACGCCGAAAACUUCUACCUCAACAGCACUGCUUCACUUUCUAGAUCCCCAUAUGUGACGACAUCCUUACCACAUACAGAUUCUCAAGUACCUUGUCCGCUCGAAAACCACACCCGGUGUGCCUUGGACAUUUCUCUAAGGUUAGAGUCUGGGCUGCUAGACUCCCAUCUCAUGCUUGGAAUUAAUGCGCCAACAUCAGACCGCAUUCACUUCCGAGCUGGUACGACCUGUACUGUAGUCAAUAAAGGUGGACUUGACAAGCUAUCAAAAACAGGUAGUUCCCGUCGCUACUUCCUGGGAGGGGUCAUGGGCAAGAAUUACACAUAUGAGUAUGAUCAAGACUUCAGAAGUGGCGGUAUAGGAUAUUUUCUCAGCGGCUAUGACUCGGAAUGGAAACCGAGUGUUGGACUUGGGAUCAACGACUCGGAUACGAGUAUCAUUAUACUCUCCGGAAACAAUGUGCGUUAUCGUGAGAGUAUUGAGGAUCCUUUUUUCUGGGCCACGGACUACAAUGAAAACUCGACGGCUUUCAUCUCGAACAAUGACGCCAACUUCAUGAUCUGUGCAGACCAGUACCAAUUUUGUAACCCGGUGGGUGAUAGAUGCUCGCCUUGGUCAAACAGUACGGCUUUAUGGGGCUCCGUGAUACCCCAGAGCUUGGAACUGGGAUUCAACGAAGCCCAGGUGGCAACUGUGACACGGCUCGCCUGGAAUAUAGCCUGGGAAACAGGUCUUACAACUGCUCUUGUUGUCAAAAUUCUUAAUUCUGCAGCCCUCGACGCCAGCAGCAAGCUAAUGUUCAACGACGUCUCCCUGGGGAUUUCCACCGAUAGUCAAUGGAUUGUUGAAGCUUCCAGGUGGUUUCAAAUCCGACUCGCUUUUUUUCAGGCGAACGUUGCCGCCUACAUCGACGUGCCCUCAGCGCGGUUGAGCCAACCUAUCACAAGUCUCAAUGAUCGCCCAUGGUUACAGGAUCACUUUAAGCUUUCUCAUCGGCAGGUAGAUUCUCUCAACGCACAAUGCCACACACAGCUGGUCAGGAGCAGUGGGGAGAUACAAAACUUCAGCUUCGCUGGUGUUUUGAUCAUUUUGAUUGUUGGCAGCUGUCUCACAAUCAUCAGCUAUAACAUGACAGGUAUCAUGGAUGCCUGUGGCCGCCUUCUUUCGGGCUCUGAGGCUACAAAUGCUCGCCAAGGCGAUGACAAACAACAUCUGCUGAGAAUGGCUCUCAACGCCAGCGGCUAUCCGGCCAUUGGGGAGUGGAAAGCAGGCUUCCUCCAAGUCCCCGUCACGUCGCAUCGAGAGAUUGUCGCGGACCUCGAAGUAUUUGAAAGAGGAUUGACGCUUUAUCCAUUGAAGGAGGGACUCACGAACCGAAAUAGUACCAGCACAUACGAGGAGGUAGAACUCAGGGAGAGAACUUAA